AAAAAUCCAAACCAAAACGGAAACAGCCAGCUAGCGGAGGAAGGAAGGAAACUCCUCCGGCGAUCUCUCCCCCCCUCACAAACUCCAUCCUCUCCCGAAAUGCUAAUGGAGACCCUCCUCUCCCCCUCCGCAUUGCUCAGCCCAGCACUCCGCGGCUCCUCCUCCAAGACGACGAAGCUAGUACCUCCCGCCGCCUCGUGCAAGCCUACCACGAUCUCCUGCUUGCUCAGGAAGCCGCAGGCGGUCGUUGCUUCUUCUCGAGGGGACGGCGUCGUUGGGAGCAGCUGGGUUUCGUUGUUGCAGCAUGGCAUGGCCGCGGCAGCUCUGUCUCUGGCGCUCACGCUCGCGCCGGCUCCGGCCCCGGCCGUGGCGUCGGAGUUCGACGUGCUGAACGAUGGCCCGCCGGCCGACACGUACGUGGUGGACGACGCGGGCGUGCUGAGCCGCGUGACCAAGUCCGACGUGAAGCGGCUCGCCCGCGACCUCGAGGCCCGCAAGAACAUCCGGAUCAACUUCGUCACCGUCCGCAAGCUCACGAGCAAGGCUGACGCGUUCGAGUACGCGGACCAAGUGCUGGAGAAGUGGUACCCGACGGUGGAGGAGGGCGGCAACAAGGGGAUCGUCGUGCUCGUCACCAGCCAGAAGGAAGGCGCCAUCACCGGCGGCCCCGCAUUCGUGCAGGCAGUCGGGGACGCCAUCCUCGACGCCACCGUCUCCGAGAACCUGCCAGUGCUGGCGACGGACGAGAAGUACAACGAGGCGAUCUACUCGACGGCGAAGCGGCUGGUGGCGGCCAUCGACGGGCUGCCGGACCCGGGUGGGCCGGCGUUCCAGGAGAGCAAGCGGGAGUCCAACUUCAAGAGCAAGGAGGAGACGGAGGAGAAGCGCGGACAGUUCACGCUCGUCGUCGGGGGACUGCUCGUCAUCGCCUUCGUCGUGCCCAUGGCGCAGUACUACGCCUACAUCUCCAAGAAGUGAUCCAGCAGCGUGCGAUGCACAGUAAAUUAAUUACUCGAGAGAAGAAGGAAAUUGUUCGGUUCCUCCCCACGGUUUUCCGUUGGAAUUUUUAGAAGUGAACACAGGGUGAGUGAUCAAAACAUGCAAGCGCAUUCUUCUGUGCAGUACUGCAGUGUGCGGAUGAAGGGACUGUUUGGGACUUGAAUUUCACAGGAAUCAGUUCAGUUCCUGCAGGAUUCAGAAGAAAUUCUCACCCAUUGGUAACUUAAUCUGCUUGCGGUAGCUCAAAUGGACAUACAUAUCUGUCGUUAACUUGAUGUAAAACAACCGUUUCUUACCUCAGUUCGUCAAUACUCGAUGCCAUUAAGUGCUUGCAGAGUGCGAAACUUUCCUUCAAAACUUGCAUUCUACAAAUGAAAUCUUGUUAUAAACUUCUCAA